AUGAGCAACACUGCUAGCCAGGCCACCCAGCCCGGCCCUCUGUUUGAGACUUCCCUGAAACGCAUUCCGUCAUCUGUCCCAUCUACUGCAACUGCGCACCUUGCGCUGUCAACUGCCUCCUCGUUUGCCGUCGCCAUGAACAGCAACAACAUGUCUGCCGACGUCUUCUCGCCCGCCGUGUCGCAGCCGGCCUCCUCACUCGCCUCCUCUUUUUCCUACGCCCUCACCCCCAUCGGCAUCCCGCCCGCCUUCGAACCGCAAUCUGCCAGUUUUGCUCGCGCAGCCGACCAGAACACCGCCAAUGGAAAUGCCGCUGUCGCCUCCAACGGCGCCAAUGCCUGCCGCACCGCCAUCUUGAUGCGACGCCUGCCUAUCAACACCAGCUACGAAUCGCUCCGCAGCAUGUUGCUCUUCGCAAAGAACCUGGUCGACACGGAGUUCAUCUCUAAUGAGUAUACCGACGAUGGAAAUUUUUUGAGUGCUGUCGCCAUUUUCGAGACCAGAGCUGCCGCCGACGAAGCUAGGGCGAUGCUCGAUGGAAAGCUGAAUUCCACCAGCGAAGCCACCAUGAUUGUUGAGGUGCUUCCUGAUUCUCCAUCUGCAGCUGCCAUGCUGCAUCGUCGCAACACCAUCGACCAGGUCCCUCGCUCGAGUUCGCUCGCCUCGCUGUCGCACCUCACCCCCCCAGGCUUGGUGUCGCAGCCGUCCCUCUUGUCGAGGCUGGAUCACGGUGCUGCGACAAAUGGUUCGUCUCACAAUGCUGACUUCCAACCACCUGACCAAGCUUCCAGACUCCAGUCACUCUUCUCCUCCCAGUCCCCGAUUUCUGAUGGCUUGAACGGUCGCCCCCGGGUUACUGGCAAGUCUGUCAUUGAUCAAGAGGUGGACGAGGAUACUGGAGAGCUGCUCAAGGACCCCAUCGCCUAUGCGCGAAACGGCCAUUCUAGUUCCAUGGGCAUGCCCAGGCGCUCAACCAACCCCCCAAUCCCGAUCAAUCACUUUGCCAGUCUGAGCCUGUCAACUAACAUGACCUCACCGUCCUUACAAUCGUUCACUAAUGGGAACUCGUCGCGCGCCAUGACCACUCCCUCCAGCGCAGUGUCACCCAAUUUCCCUAGCCUUGGUCCCAAUAACGGAUAUCACCAGGCCGGCUACCAUCGACUAAACUACCCCCCGGUGAACCCAGCGGAUCAAAACCCGCCUUGCAAUACUCUAUAUGUUGGGAAUCUGCCUCCGGAUACAUCUGAGGACGAGCUUAAAGCCCUUUUCUCUAAACAACGCGGCUACAAACGGAUGAUCUUCCGCCAAAAGCCCAACGGACCAAUCUGCUUCGUUGAGUUUGACGAUAUCUCCUGGGCAACCAAGAGUCUGAAGGAGCUAUAUGGGUACGAGCUGUCCAACAGCAUCAAAGGCGGCAUCCGCCUCAGCUUCUCUAAGAAUCCUCUCGGCGUCCGAAACAGCCAGGCUGGCAACAUGCACUCACCCAACUCGAUGAGCCCGCAUCCUGCCAUCAACGCCGUCAACGGGCCCGGUCUGAUCGGCACCCCGCGCUUUUCAACUGCCAACGGUCCGCCCCCCGGCCUCAGCGCCCCACCGGGCCUGCCGAUGCCCAUGAGCAUUGCGCAGCAGAAUGGCCAUUCGUCCCCUCACCCAGGCCUUAACAAUAACGCGUCCUCCAACAACGGCGCUUUCACCACGAAUUCUGGACUUGGAAUUGGAUUUGGCUCUAAUGGGAACGGGAUGGCACAAGUCAGACAGGCAGCGCCAUCGUUGAAUUCGUCGAUCCUGGGAAACUCGGCAGCAGGACCUGCUCUCGGCGCGAUGAACGGCGCGGGUUAUCCCGGGUACAUGAUGGGCCGUUAA